GCAGUAUCUCUCCUCAGUCUUUGGUAGUUUUCGGGACCUCGGGGAUUAAGUGCAGCUGGCAGACCCUCUGUCAGGACCCAUUCUCCGUCCAGCUGUGGUGUGCUCAGUCACAAAGUUCAUGACGGUUGCUGACGGUGACACUUUAGCGCUCAUCAUGCCUGUCCGAGCAGAGUGCUGCAGUACCACCGGCGCGGCCUGCUCAUCCUCGGCCUCUCUUGUCCCCCCCGCCCCGAUCAACACCUACCAGCCGGGGGUGGCCACAUCGCUGCUGUACAGCGGCUCACAGUUUCGGGGUUACCAGAAGAGCAAAGGGAACUCAUACGACGUUGAAGUUGUCAUGCAGCAUGUGACUGUGGAGGACUCUUAUUUGUGUGGAUACCUGAAGAUCAAAGGCCUGACUGAGGAGUAUCCGACUCUCACAACAUUCUUUGCUGGUGAAAUUAUCAGUCGAAAACGGCCUUUUUUAACCAGGAAGUGGGACGCAGAUGAGGAUGUGGACAGAAAGCACUGGGGCAAGUUCCAGCCUUUUUACAAAUUUGCCAAAAGCUUCAACUCGGACGACUUUGACUACGAAGCGCUGGAAAACAGUGAUUAUGUCUUCAUGAGGUGGAAGGAGCAGUUUCUAGUUCCAGACCACACCAUCAAAGACAUUAGCGGUGCCUCUUUCGCCGGUUUCUAUUACAUCUGUUUCCAGAAGUCCACAGCCACUAUCGAGGGCUAUUAUUACCAUAGGAGCUCAGAAUGGUACCAGAGUCUAAACCUAAACCAUGUCCGAGAGCACAGUAUGCCUAUUUAUGAGUUCCGGUGACAAACGUACACACGAGUAUCGAGUCAAAGAGGGGACAGUUCACACUGCCCUGGGACGGGAACAACAGAGAGCCCUUUAGUGCCAAGAUCGGAGCUGACCCGUUUUCAGCUGCAAGGGAUUGAAAAACGUGGUCAGACCCUCUUCUGGUGGACUGAAAGAAAGAAAGCACGGAGAGAAAAGCGUUUAAAGGAAGACAAAGAUCAGUGACAGAUGAGUGGUUCUUACAGUCGCUGAAGAGCUCACGUUUACCUCAGAUUUCAUUUUAAAUUUUGUCCUUUUUUCUUUGAGUCUGUUUUUAUUUGUGAUUUGUUUGCGCUCUCAUAGGAUCUGUCUCCCUGUUGUAGGACAUCAAUGUAUGUCUGAUUUUAUUCAGUGGUGAUGCGAAAAACAUAAUUGCCUUUCAGCUAAGAGGUGCAAAAGAAAAAGGGAGGAGUUUGUUUCAGUCAAGCUUAAUUUAAAUAAUCUUUUUUUUAAAUAUAUGACUUUUGACACCCCCAUAGCUGAGUAUGAUGGUGGGGUUAUUGCCAAAAAGGUUGCAAAAGUAGCAAUGAUGAGCAGCGAUCUAGUUUUUAUGCAAGGUCUGUGAGACUGUGAGUUGUGGUCUGUUAAUCAGGGAUGUUGUGUUUGGAUGUUUACGUGUUGAAUAACUGAAAACCAACAGCUGAAUGUGGCAGGUGGCUGGGUCGAGAUCACAGCGAUGUUGACCUCCAGACAGGUCGUUAAAAGGUCCAGUGUGUAGAAUUAAGAGGGAUAUAUUGUCAGAAAUUGAAAGUAAUAAUAAUAAUAUAUUUUUUUUGUAGCGUCUAAUCACCGGAAUAUAAAAAUCGUUGUUAGCAUUGAAUGAGCCGUUUAUAUCCACUUAGGGAGUUGCAGAUUUUCUACAGUAGCCCAGAAUGGACAAAUCACGUAGUUGCUGUAGAUCAUUUUAGUUUCGCGUCAGCUACUGUAGUAGGCAGCCCCUCCAUCACAAGCCAGAUGGCGUCAGAAAAAUACAGAUUUUUUUCAGUGAUUUACUGGUUUAAAUCACGAUGUCAGUUUGUUUUUGAGAGGAGGAGACCGCUGUGGAUAAUUCAGCUAAUGGUAAAAACCUCCUGAACAUCUAGAGCUUCACAGAAAAGAAAGAUAAGCCCGUAUUAUCAUGCGCUGGGCUAGUGGACCUUCUACCAAACGGUGCCGGGAAACACCGUUUUGUAACAUAAACAACUGUAUUCAGUAUUUUUACCAGUUUAAAUCACCUGGUCUGUGUGUUUUUGAGAGGAAGAGACCUCUGUGGAUAAUUUGGCUCCCAAUAAAAACCUCCUAAACAAUGAACACUGAAGGAAUUCGGGAGUUCACGCUUGGCAAUCCUCACAGCUAGAUGCCGCUAAAUCCUACACACUGCUCCUUUAAUGACCAACAAUUUCCAAGCUGCUGUUUGUCUUAACAACUCAACAAAAAGUCUUCAAAUGGCUUCACAUCCAAAUUUCUCUAUGCAAGCCAAAGGUCACUGAUCGGUAGGAUUUCAAACAGCACCUAACUUAUGUCAGAUUUUCAGAUAAUUUAUCUUCCAGAGAGAUUUAUUUAUUUUUUAAACAGAGAAUGACCUUUAGUGAAAUUCAUGAGAAAAAUGAAGAUUUAUUUAAUACCAGCAUUUGAAGCUCAGCCGAUUGACAAUACAUUCCAACUUAAUUAGUUUCAAAAAAGUAAAAUUUUAGUCACGUAAUUGGUGUCGACAAACAGUAGACCAUAAGAUCAGAGAUUCUGUCGAGUUCGACUGACUGGAAAAGUUAGACCAUGACAAAAGCAAUGCAGUGUUUUGAAUGUUGAUCUUCAAUGCAGUCUGUGGAUAAAGAAUUUAAAUGUGGAAGAAUGGGUUUAUUUUAGUGCUUUUUUGUCUUUGAACAAAGGCACAACAGUCGGGCGAAAGACAAGACGCUCCAUAUAAUAUGUUCAUGUACACAACAAUCAUCAGUGGAAAAUACGUGUUAAAAGAAGCACCUUUUGUGGCUCCUGUAGAAAAGUCUAAAAUAGUGACGAGAGAUGGAGGAAGAACGAAACCUUUGAUGCUGCCUUACUAUUAUAAAUGUUUGUAAAGCCUCCUUUUUUUAAAAAAAAGACAAAUUAUUAGGUUAGUAAUGUUUUAUUUAAAUGAAAUCAUGAAAUUAUAUUUCGGUGUUGGGGAGAAAAUGUGCAAAAAAAAAAAAAGAGAGGAAUGAACUUUUGAUCAACCACAUGAGGAUUCUGACGGUUUGUCUUGAUAUAAAAGUUUUGUGCUGCAGCGUGCAUGUACUCCGCCUGCCUCAGUGUUGCUUUAUAGACUUUCAGCUGGCUCGGUCGCUUGCAGCAUGACAAGUGGACGUAACUGGUUGUGAGAAUAAUGUUGGCACUAUAAUUGUUUUUUUUUUUUUUUAACCUAAGUUUGUGGAUUGAAGACGCCACAAUCCGAACGACGUUACAUAACGGAGAACACGAGAGAAUGUGCAAUGUAAGAAACAGAUGUUUAUUUGGGAGUGGGUCAUCAAAAGUCUUGACUGAACACCUGAUUUAAAGGAAGAUGAUGUAUGAUAAAUCAGUUAUGAGUGCAUUGUGUGAGGAGAAAUAAAGAGUGAAUUAUUUCAUA